CCACCCACCCCGUAUAAUCCCUUCUUUUCUAAAACACCCCCCGCCGACCUCCACCCUGCACCGAAUAUCUUAGCUCGGUCCAGCAAAACAGCCCAAAAGUACACCCCGCCCAGAGCCCACUGCAGCUCUGCCCACUCCCCACUCACCCACCGUCCCCGGCUCACCCCGGCUUACCCACCCACCUGGCGCCCCACCCACCGGCGUCCGUGCAUACCCCACUACUCGCUAUACCCCACUACUCGCUAUACCCCCGCCACCCAAUAUUGCUACCAUGUCCAUCACCGCCAGCGCUGUUGCGCAACAGCUCGUCCUCCAGCAGUAAAAUACCCACCCACCCCUCUCCUACCAUUUUGUUUUCUGCUUUCCCACCUGAAAAAAGAAAACAAGCACGGACGAUUCUCGGGUUCUCUUUGGGUCUGUUUUUGCUUCUCGCUGGUCGCCUGAAAAGUGUCAACAAACGCGCGCUAUACCUCGGUUCUUUCUAUCACGUCGUCAAUCGGUCAACGGUCCUUCGCCAACGUCCCCCUACUGCCCUUCUAGAAGUGCCUUGAGCUCUAGGACGAAAAAGCAGCUCGUCUUUUUCGAGACCUCUGCCUUCUACCUUCUUUCCGAGUCUUUUGCCACCGCCGCUCAAGACUUUUUUACCCGACCUCUCCUUUGAACAUUCCUCCCACCUGCUUUAAAGCCGGCGGAUAAUCCACCUUGUCGCCACUUCCCAACUUACCCCUUCCUCCUUCUUCUCUUGCGACAAGCGAUAAAAAGCAGUCAUCGUGACUAGCCCAUAAUCCCAAAAGGCGCGAAGAAAACGGUAGCCUCUCCUCUCCCUACCAAUUUCCAAGCCAACCGCACUUCUUCGCCACCCUCCCCUCCUAAUCACCAAAAGACACUCAACAUGUCCCGAACCGCCGCCCCCACCCCUCCUCCCCAAACAUACUUUCCCCAAAAGACCGCCACCCCCUCUAUGCGCCACAAUGCCCACACCACCUCUUCUACGCACUUUGCCCGACACGGGCACGGGCACGGGCAUCAUUCACAUUCUUUCGCGCGGAGAAAGGUCAAGAACCUCCCUUCUGGCACUUUCAAAAAGAACACCGAAGAUUCUUCCGAGGGAGAUGUUGCAGAUGCAGAGGGAAGGAGGGAAGAAGAGCUCCAUCGCCAACAAUCAACCGCUUCAUCGUCUUCUUCAAACCAAUCUUCACAAUCAUCCAUCCCCUCGUCUAACGACUCGCUUUCCCGCUCGUCGACGCCAUUGACGAGCGCGUCCAUGGCGAGCAUCAUCUCCCAAACACCCUCUACGCUCUUGACACCCGUCUCUUCCGACUCGGAACCAUACAUCAUCGACGCGGACGACAUUUCCCUGCACGAAGAUGUCGCUCAAGCAGGGUACCUCGGCGGCCAAGAGCUCGGCCAAAUGUCCCUCGGAGGGGAAGGAGGCAAGCCGUCUUGGGUAGGAAAGAUGGUGAUGGGGGUCGUCAACACGGGUCGAGGGUUUAUUCGGGAUGAGAAGAGGAGAGUAUCGUUUACGGGCCGGCGGUCGAGCAGUCAGACCGGCACGUCGACGCCGUCUAGCCUUACUACCACUCAGCCGCUCCGGCCGCCUCCCCCUUCUUCCCAACCCGCCCCGCUCUCCGCCCAGUCCGCUCAUCCUGCAGCUCAGUUAGCGGGAGCAGAGGAGGAGGAGGAAAAAGCCAAAAGGCAGCGCGAAUGGAUCGACUCGGAGAACCGCAGGAUCCACGAGUGCGCGAGGCUGUGUAGCCAGUGGCCGCAGAGUGGGUAUAAUAUGACGAAACAUGGUCCUAAAGGAGCAAACACCCCAUACCAACCCCAGAGUUUCUGCAACCCGCACUACGUCGCGAUGGUGAUGCAGCGCCAAGCAGAGCUCGAACAACAGCUUUGUACGACCUCGUCCACCUUUUUCUCCUGUCAGCGCGAACCCCAGCACCACCGGGGGGAGCACGAGUCGGACGAUGAGACGGAUACGUCCGCGAGCGAGCUUUCCGGUUCUGCCUCUGCGGAGAGUUCGCCUGUGGGGAGUGUCUUGUUUGGGAGUGCUGCCCGCUUCGAGGUCGAGGGGGCUAGGGAAUGUAAAGAGGAAGAGGAGAGGAAGAGGGCGGAAGAGCUGAGAGAAGCGAUGGCAAGCUCGCUCUUGUGCUGCCGCCACUCCAACGCUUCGCUCCCUUCCCUCCCUCACGAAAGCGACAAUACCAUGCAAAUCGACGAGCCCCUCUCUACACACUCCCCUCCCCUUCCUCAGCGCCAGGCCCGCCCCCCCACCCGCGUCAGGGCCCAGUCGUGCGGUGCCAAACGCCCCAUGGUCGGACAGGGGCAGCAGGGCGAAGAGGACAAGCGGCGCAAGGUGGAAGAGGACGAAGACGUCAAGAUGGUCGUUCAAGAAGCCGUCGAUAGUGGGGUCAUACUCUCUCCCUCAGAGAGCGCGAAAGCGUCUGUUUCGGCGGCGGCGCAGGGUGGGCGGAUGUCUGCCUCUGUGCCCGACUUGUCCAAAGCCCACGCCCACGCGCAAAAUCCUCCUCCAGCCGCGGUAUUCGGCAUGGUCGUCAAAACGUCCGAAUCGCACCCCAUUAUCGUUUCCCCAUUCUUCCCCUCUGAAUUGCUCGAGAUCUUGUCGAGGAAUGUGGUAGGGCAGUUGGAAGAAGGGAAGAGGAUGAUGUUGGGUUCGAGAAUCGAUGUGCCGAGUCUGCUUCUCGGCUUUGCGCCGCCCUCGGCAUCGGCGCCUAUCCCUUCGCCUCUCCAAUCCAGCUUUAGAGACCUCCACCUCUCCCCUCCCUCCCCUUCCCCCUCCGUCUCCUCAACCUCAACCUCAACCCAAACCACCCAAACCAGAACCCUCGGCAACCUCCUCCUCUCCUCCUGCCCCGGCAAACGCCUCCGCAUGGACGCGCCUUCCAAAGGCCGCGGUCCUGUAUGCCGUGAUCUCGCGACCGAUCUGAGGCGGAUCAAAGGCGAAGGGGUGGGGGCGUUGGUUUGUUGUUUGGAUGAUGAGGAGUUGGCUUUGUUGGGGGUGCCGUGGGAGACUUAUAGGGAUGUGGCGGUGGGCACGGGGUUGGAUGUUAUUCGGUUGCCGAUGCCGGAUGGGUUCACGAUGGUUUCGAUGGAAUUGUUCGACUCGCAAGUCGCUCUCAUCGCCCAAAAAUAUACUCUGCAAGGCAUCAACGUGCUCGUCCACUGUCGAGGCGGUAUAGGACGCGCUGGGAUGACGGCUUGUGCUUGGGCAAUCAAGAUGGGUUUCGUACAGCCUCAUCCGAGUUUGACGAUCGUCGAGGAAGCUGCUAGGCGACAUGCCGCCCACACCGCUCGAUCCGCCCUCAACCCCUCCUCCGCCUCCUUCACCUCCUCGUCCUCCCUCCCCAGCACCGCCCCCGCCCCCGGGCCCGCCGCCAUCCCCGCCGAACUCGAACACCAAAUCAUCAUGUCCAUCGUCGAGCGCGUCAUCGCCAUGAUCCGCUGUCGGCGGGGGUUGAAGGCGAUUGAGAGUUAUGAGCAGGUGCAGUUUUUGAGGCGGUAUGUGGGGUGGUUGAGGGAGAAGGCGUAGAGAGGUGUGCUUGCCUUUUGCCUGGCUCUUCUUUUCUGGAUGGAGGCUUGGAAGCUUGCAGUAUGGGAGAGGCGAGGGGCGAGGCGAGAGAGGAUGGAGGUUUGGGGGGGAGGAAAGGGGUCGGCAAGUCGCGCGCAAGGGGGAGCGGCGGAUCUUUCGUCAUCCGGCAUCUUUUCGAUCAUGUCGACAAUCAAAAGCAAUAUUCAUUUUUUACCCUCCUCCCCGCCUACCCCAUCAUCAAAAUCAAUAUAUCCAGCAUACUUUUGUUUGUUUCCCCUUUUCAUUCUUCGGUAUUUACCCCCGUCAACAAAAAAAGCUUGUAAUGAUUGUCGUUUUCUCUCCCUCCUGGAUAAGUCUGGAUAGAUCGCCCAUUUGAUCUUUCCCUUUCGCAUUUUGUCAAUCUAUAAACUAUACUUGUCACUUUUGUUUAAACAACUCCUCUUCUUUUCCUCUGUAAUCUAUCUAUCCGUUGUUUACUAGUUUGGGCGAGGGGGGAGCGAGCUUGGGUGUUGACGACGGUCUUGGACGUUUGGGGUUAGAUGUGCUGCUUCACGAAGAUGGUACGCUGGUAUGAUGGUACGAUGGGGACGGGGGUAAGAACGGUAUGACUUCUUUUCUCUCUCUUUAUAACUAGGGGAAUACCUCGUUGUCAACAAAACAAAUGCAUUCGUGUCAUUCUA